AUGGAAGAGACAUAAGACACUUGGCGCAUACACCAAGCCCUAACCCGCGAAGAAGAAGGAAGCAAUCAACAAACGCAGCCAAAGGAGGUACCCGAUAGCCCAAAAAGCCCUUGAAAUAAAUUAAAAAACUAUAACACACAAUAGCUAUAACAUAAAAGAUAUUUACCAAAAUGGGGAGUAACAUCAACUUCAAGAGCUUGGGUAAUGAACCACCAAACGACGCCAGUAAGCUGCUAGCUGGGAAUUUUCCGUUAACGCGUCAGCCCUCGAUCUAUUCAUUAACAUUUGAUGAGCUUCAAAGCACAGUGGGUGGUAGUUUAGGUAAAGAUUUUGGAUCAAUGAACAUGGAUGAAUUGUUAAAGAAUAUAUGGACCGCAGAAGAGACACAGAGCAUGGUAGCUUCUUCUUGUGGCAACCAAGAUGGUACUAAUGGUUUACAAAGGCAAGGGUCGUUAACGUUGCCCAGAACUUUAAAUCAAAAGACUGUUGAUGAGGUAUGGAAAGAUAUUUCUAAAGAGUAUGUUGUGAAGGAUGGAAGUGGCGGAGGUGGCAGUGGUGGUGUUCAAGGAUCUAAUAAUAUGCCACAAAGGCAACAGACUUUGGGGGAGAUGACACUGGAGGAAUUUUUGGUCAGAGCUGGGGUUGUUAGGGAAGAUAUGCAGUUGGGUGCUGCCGUCGGAAAGGUUAAUAACAAUGGCGGAUUUUUUGGUGAUUUACCACGGUCGAGUAAUAAUACUGGAUUUGGGUUUCAGCAGAUGGUUAAGGGUGCAAAUUUGAUGGGGAAUCAAAAUUUAGACAACGGUAAUCAGAUUACCAUUCAGAAUUCAAAUUUGCCUUUGAAUGUUAACGGGGCUAGAUUGAAUCAACACCCACUAGCUCAACAGCAGCAGCAGCAGCAGCAACAACACCCUCAAAUAUUUCCCAAACAGCCAACAGUGGCAUAUCAGAUGCCUUUACAAAGUAGUCCAGGAAUUAAGGGUGGUAUUGUGGGCGUCGGUGAUCAGACGAUGACUGGCUCUUUGAUUCACGGUGGUGCGCUUCAGGGUGCAGGGAUGGGAAUGGUUGGCUUGGGAGCUGGGCCAGUUGUUGGAACAGGGUCGCCUGCAAAUCAGUUGUCUUCAGAUGGAAUUGGGAAGAGUAAUGGGGAUACAUCUUCAGUUUCUCCUGUUCCUUACAUGUUUAAUGGAGGUUUACGGGGGAGGAAAUUCAAUGGGAAUGUGGAGAAGGUUGUUGAGAGGAGGCAGAGGAGAAUGAUAAAAAAUAGAGAGUCAGCUGCAAGGUCUCGGGCUCGCAAACAGGCAUAUACUAUGGAAUUAGAAGCAGAAGUUGCAAAGUUAAAGGAGGAGAACCAAGAACUGCGGAAGAAACAAGCAGAAAUCAUGGAAAUGCAGAAAAAUCAGGUGUUGGAGAUGAUGAAUGCACAACAGGGAGCAAAGAAACGGUGCUUGAGACGGACACAGACUGGUCCAUGGUAAAGUGAGGGGCGGGAUUAUGGAGCUUGAAAUUAUGUAUGGUUGUAGCUGUACAUAUUUGAGGCAAACUUGUAUUGAGCUGUAGAUUAAAGAGAUGAAAAUUUUAGUCUGCUGUAGAUUAGGUCUUCCAGUAUCUAUUAUAUAUGUAUCCGCUUCUAUCUGAAUAUCAUGAUUAGGUAGGUGAAAGAGAGCAAAGGUAUGAGCAGGUUGUGAGCUACCAUUCAUAUAUAUAUUUCAGAGUGUUGGGCUUCCUAUAAAUUAUUUUACUCGGUAGCAGUUUUCUGUAGUACACCAUAUUCUAUUUGUGUUGAAACAGAAACAAGACCUCAUUGUUUUAAUAAAACUGCC